CGUUGAUUGCCUUUUGAAUCUGCAUGUAGCAACCUUCAUCUGAAGGUUAUUCAUGGUUUGGUUAAUUUGAAGACGAAUUCUGUUGAUCUGGUUUUUUUUAUCAUGGAGGCGAAAGCAAGUGAGUUACAUCGACUUCAGAGGAGAUUGCGCAGUGACGAGGAUGAUAAAUGGGAUUGUAGCGUUUGUACUUACAUAAAUCCAAAAGAAUCAUAUAAGUGUGAAAUAUGUCAUACCAGAAAAGGAACUUCCACAAGGUAUGGAUUAUGUUUUUAUACAAGACUGUUUCAGAAAGCCUAGACUGAAUAAUCAAGUCGUGGAGCAGCAACAGCUGAUUGCUCAGACUAUACUGAAGGAAAAGGAUGAUGAACAGAAAAGGAAAAGAGAAUCCAAAUGUAAGCAGUCUUUACCAAGUAACUUUCGGUUCAAACACUUUGAUCGAUCAUCACCAUUACUUUUCGAAAUCUUCGCAAAUGGUUACAGUGUUAUCAUCACUGAAUUCCAACCCAAAUCAAUAAAGUCAAAUUUUAGAAGCCUUUCGGAAAGUCCCGCACCUUCCAACUGUUCAUCUCAUCAAGGAUUUGGACCUAACCCGAGUGCUUUAGCUGAUGACAUAUCAUCAACGGACUCACUGACUAAUGUUCAUAUCAAUUCACGCCCACACCAUCUUUCGGAGUAUGAGUUUAACGAUCCGACUGAUAUUAAGCCUCCUAAAAUUUCUGAGUAUCCAUCAAAGCCUAGUUUUGGUCUGACAAGGUCUGGUCCAUCACCGAUUGACGAGCCUAUGCGCCCUUGUAGAUCGUACUCACCUGCAUCCAGUUCAGCAGGAGGCAACACUUUAAGCAGAGCAAGCUCGCCUCCUAAUUCGAUUGGUCCUUGCCUGUCUGAUGUCAAAAAAGAACAAGCUGCCCUUGAGGCUGAGCAAGCUGCCCAUGAUGGCGAUGAUGAAUGUGAAGAAGAAGAGAAUAUUCCUAAAGCUAGCUCGUCUACAGAGUCGAGAUACUGUUGUCGUGAAACCAAACAAUCCAAGCGAUCCGUUUUAAGAACCGUUUCUUUGAACCCAUCUUGUUCAUCUCACAGUCGUCGAAGUCAUCGAGAAAGAAGAUUACAUUGUGCUCCCUCCAUGUCACCUUUAAAGCGAAAGAAAUUAACCACUGGUUCUAGUCGCAGCAAUUGCAUAGGUUUGUCCUCUCUUCCACGUGGUUGUCAGUCAAAAGGAAGAAUAUCGAAAGAAUCAAAUUCUCUAAUAUCUCCUACUAAUUACCGUUCCUUACGCAGUAGCUGUGACAAGUAUACUGCUAAUGUGACGAGUCCAAAAAAUUCCUCAAAACGAUUCAAAAAGUUAUCUAGUCAGUUGAGCACAGAUUUAAAACCACAAAAACGUCAACGCUUAGAAGAAUUACCAAAGUCUAACUGCAAACAACGGCUGCAAAAUGGACAAGAGUAUCCAGAAUCUACAAAUGCAGACGAAAAAUUUAUCAAUAAUAAGAGUGUUUUCUCUAGUAAUAUGAAUUGUGACAUCUCCACUAAUUAUUAUACUUUUCCUGAUGAUGAACCAAAAAUACAUUCAUCACCAGAUUGUAAAGAUUGCAGUUGCUCUGUAUCAAUAUCUGAAAAACAUCCACGAUUAUCAACGGAAUCUAAAAAUACAAGUGCAAUGACAGAUAGCAGUGGAGCUACUGCCUUAGAAGUGUCCAACUAAUUAAUUUCUCGUUUGUUUUGUGUGCUUUUUUUUUAUAGAAAUUAUUUCCAUGUGAUGAUAGUUUUUACUCUAAUUGUAUAAAGUCGUCUAUUUUGGUGUUUCUUCCUUAAUUGGCGUUUUUUUUAGAAAAGAACUAAUCAAUUUGUCAUCGAGAAAUUUUACUUAAUUCAAAAUGUUAUAUUAAAAUUAUGCAACAAAUGAGGUCGUCUUAUGUUCUCUGUUUAUGUAAUGCAUUUGAUGCAAACUUGUCAUAUCUUGUUGUAUGCAUCAAAACAAGGUAUAUUGAUCAAUGCAGGAAGUUAAUCUUUGGUGCCUUUAAUACUUUAUACACGUACUGUAACAAUUACACAUUUUAUUUAUUUAAUAUCUACCCUGUUGUAACUGCACAUGUAUAUAUUGUUACGGAAAUUUUUAACAAAUCAGUAUGCGAGUAUUAACGUAGGUGUUAUUGUAUUUGUUUAUUUAUUUUUAAUUUUCCUCUUUAUUUUUUGUUCACGUGUCAUAUUCAACGAUGAUGUGCUGUGCACACAUCUAUGGUCGCCAAUGAGAAUAUUUAUUGUUUAGUUACCAAUUAGAUUGUUAAAAAAAUUCUUUGUUAAUUUCAUUCCACCAGGUUUUUUCCAUUUUUUUUUUAUUACGAUUAUCAUUACAAUGAUUAUCAUUAUUGUUAUUAUUCUUCAAAACACAUUUGAUUCUGUUUAUCAUAGUUUGUUGUUUUUAAUAUAAUGAAAAACUAUUUUAUGUUGUUUGAUUGAUCUCAACUAAUAAUUUUCUUUGUUCUUCCACUA